GUGAAUAAUUCAUAUGAUUAGCGAUAAAGGUUUGUGUCGAGUUACUCUAGCGCAACUAAAAUUAGAUUCCCAGGAACAGGGAAAUAAUGAGCCCGAUCCUAAUUACGGGAAACACUGAAUGACAAUCAAACGAUAGAUUGUGUCGGAGCACACUGAAAUUUUUACAAAAAGAACGGUUGACAAUCAGAUCGUGUUUUCUGAUCUUCUACAAGCAAUGCCAAUACACUGCUUGUUACCAUAAAUCAUUCAUAAGCUGCAGAUGAGUCGGAUGCCUCUAUGUGAGUGUUUAUACUUAUGAGAAAAAUAGCAGCACACUUCACAGUCGGCCGUGAAUAGCUACUGAGUGUGGAUUAUGAACUACAAUCAUGUGGAUCUUAAAAGACGGACUGUCAAGUCUGGCCGUCGUGUAGGUAUUGUUCGUCGUCUGUAAUUCAUCGGGGGCGAGCCGUCUGUUGGUGAAAGACGGAGUUUGCUUCCUUCCGGUGGCCUUGUGAUUUUUAUUUUUUUAAACGGAAUAAUCCUGACCGCUUUGAUAUGUCUUCAAAGAAGGAAUCCCCGUGGGACCAGCAGUUACACGAGGCUGCAAUCAAGGGCGAUUUGCAACAGUUACGAAAGGUGUUCGAAGCUGGAAGAGUCCACGUUGAUUGCUGCGACAAGGAAGGAACAACGCCAUUGAUUCUUGCUGCGGCAAACAAUCGUUUAGAAUGUGCGAAGGAGCUACUAAAACAAGGAGCAGACCCGAAUCGACAAAGAACAACUGGAACUUACGCAUUGUUCUUCGCUGCCCAGGGAGGAUUCCUAGAGACUGUACGAGAACUUCUUGAACAUGGAUGCGAAGUGGAUCUCCCGAGCCAGGAUGGUGGUACGCCGCUUUUUGUCGCAUGCCAGUGUAAUAAACUCAACAUUGUUCAAGAGCUCGUUGAACGUGGGGCAGACCUCCACAGAACGAUGAAGGAUGGCGCUACACCGCUAUUUAUUUCGGCUCAGAAUGGACAUUACAAUCUGCUGAAAUAUUUAAUUAGCAAAGGUGCUAAUGUCAAUCAAGCUCGUUAUGAUGGUGCUACACCGUUAUUUAAAGCCUCACAUAAAGGUCACAUAGAUUGUGUAACUGAACUGAUUCGACACGGAGCUACACUCGGCCUACUAGAAAACGGUGAGAGUGCUCUGCAUGCGGCGGCUUUAUUUGGUCAUUUCAAAGUUGUAAAGGAACUUGUGUUACAAGGGGCUGAUAUUGGUCUAAAGAACAAAGAAGGAGUAAAGCCUGAAGAACUGGCGCGAGAGGCCGGAUAUGACGUAAUUGCUGAAUUUCUUGCCAAACACCAAGCUUCACAGCAGACUACAGUAUGACAGAAGAGAGCUACCAUUAUAUUUUAGCUGUGGCUGAAAUUAGAAUUGCCAUUUGGACCGCUUAAUAUGGAUGCCACUGCAGUAUUACUAGGCCUACUCACUUGUGGAUAUUGACUAAAUUAACAGUCUGCCUCGCUCACUUGAUAGAUCGAAUAAUGCAAGAGAACACAUGCAGAACAUGUUUUCGAGUUAGUAUGGUAUACUAUGGCGAAUGGCAAAAUAGUUUAGACCUACACCUCAGAUUGUGAAAUAAAAUGUCAGCGGGUUAGACGUGGCACUUUUGUCAUUGUCUCUAUUUCACGUUUAUUUCGUCACACCUUGCCAUUACAUUGCUUUUGGUGAAGUAGCAGCCACCAUUCUUGAAGACUUGUUUCAAAGUAGGCCUAGACAAUAAGCUUUUCUCCUCAUGUGGACUUGCAAACUAAAUGAUUGUGAUUGUGCAGUGAUUUUACACGACAUCCUCUUGAGAUAUCAUCGUAAAAACAAAUAUUAAUUUAUCAUCACAGGGCUUGCGUCGUUUCUUAGUCAGUCUGGGUCCUCCUCUUACUAGAUGAAUAUCUACUGGCUACCGUCGAGCGAUGGACCGUUCGAAGGAGCUAUAGGCCAAUAACAGUUCGGUCAUUAGAUCUACAGACUAAUGCUGUUGUUGUGUAUUCACCCAUUGAGAAUAUGUGUUCUAUCUACGAUUCACCCUAGGAAGAAUAAAAGUCGUGAAAACAUCAACUAAACAAA